CCAAGACCCGCGAAUGUAGCACACGUCACAUGCUCCAAAGAGGGACUGCUAGAUUCUCUCAACUUAAAAGAGAUCCAUUCUGUAUGGUCAACAAUUGACAACCUAUCCAUCUGAAGUCAACCUAUCUGAAAAGGGAGUAAACAUUUAAAUCAACCGCAUUAGCAGCCCCAAGGAUAUCGUGAACUGUGACCUGAAAUUGUAGCAUCUCGUCGCUCCGUUAAGAUCAACUUGCACACGCUUUUCUGACAGAGCUCAUGGAUGCCGUGUUGAGCUAUAAAUCAGAAGAUUUGGAAGAUUACUACGGAUUAUUAGGAUGUGAUGAACUGUCAUCGACUGAGCAGAUUAUCAAUGAAUACAAGAUCAGAGCGUUGGCGUGUCAUCCAGACAAAGACCGGGACAACCCCACAGCAGUCUCAGAUUUCCAGAAGCUGCAGGAAGCCAAAGAGGUUUUAUGCGAUGAAGCCAAAAGGAAAAACUAUGACCUUUGGAAAAGAAGUGGCGUUACUAUUCCGUUUCAUGACUGGCAGGCCAUGAAUGACUCUGUCAAGACUUCAAUGCACUGGGCUGUCAGAACCAAGAAAGAGCCAAUGUUGGAGACCUCCAAACCAGAGGGCCCUGAUCCUACACAAGCAGUGGAGCAUCACGGCGAGCAGGAGGCAUCAGAAAGCCCGGUGUGUGAUGCUGUACUGUCCUCAGGUGAAUACUGCCACCGGCGUUUCCGCUGGGCGGCUGACUCUCCAUCUCAUAUGCUGCAGAAGUUCAGAAACUAUGAAAUAUGAAGUUGAUCCUCUGUCAAGUUAGAUGGAAAUGUUGGCCAUUUGUGUGGUUUUGCACAUGUCAGAUAUUCCUCCGGGACCAUAUUAAAUGUUUAAAUGUUUCCCCCCCCCUUUUUUUUGUCUGUCAAAAAGUAUCUUGGAUAAAUUGGAAAUAUGGGAUCUGAUGUUUUUGCUGGUGUGAAAAAUCCAGCAGCUGCAUAUUAAGUUUGAAGGAUAAGUUCUGAUUCCAUUUUGUCAGACUCAAACAUGAUCAGACUUCAUGUAUUUAAUGUUGCAGAGUGCAUUUUUGUUUUCCUGACAAACUUGUUCGAUCCAUCAUCGUCAUGUGAAUAUCAUGUUUGUUAUUUUAUGCUUUGUUCUGUGUUUGCUGAGGUGAGGUAUGGCUUUAUCAGAAUUCAUUGUGUCCAAAACACUUUAGAGUAGACAUUGGAAACACUGAUUUUGAGAGAGCAUUUUACAGUACUCAACAUUUCUGUGGGGAAUGUUAUACCAAGUAUACCAAAAAAAUUUAAAAGUGAGAGGUAAAUAUAUGUGUGUUAUGUGUUAUUAUUUUAUGGAUACAAAUGAUUCAUUCAGUCAGAGCCAGGAGUCCUAAAUUGUGGAUUGUUGUGUAAGUGCAAUUUAAAUUCCAGUAGUAGAAAAUCAAUGUAAUUUUAGAGUAAAAUCAUGCCACCCUAGCAGGAAUAAGCAGUAUGGACCAUGAUCGAAGCAUGAGUAAAGUUCAUUGAUUGGUUUUAUUUGAAGUGUUUGGGCCGAAGAAAAGAAAACCUGAAGUAAAUAUCAUUGUCACAUCCUGUAAACUAAUAAACUUUAACAUUGGACUCCUCG